ACCUCGUUCUUCAUCCCAACCUUUCCCAUUAAUAGACUAAUACUGCAAUGUUCAAACGCAGCUUCCUUAGAGGUAAGCAAUUCCCGUUGGUAAGACCAUAUACAACGACCACAAGACGCUCGUUCAACCCAGCAUUACUUUUCGCUGGAGGUACCAUCAUUGGUGGAUACACAGUCUACAAACUUCUGAAUUUACCCGUUGCUCUAGCAGACACUCCAUCGUUAGCUUCUACAUUGCCACUAGAGCAAUUGACAUCCCCUACCUAUGCCACCAAUGCCGAAAUCGAUCAAGCAAUCCAAGAAAUCAGAGCCGCCUUCCUUGCCAACACCCCAGACGUCGAUGAGUCUCUCCUAAUCAACAGCACCGAAGAAGAACUCCAGGGCCACUCUGACACCUAUUUCAACUCGCAUCACGCCACGAAAACCCAGAGACCAAAAUACGUAGUGUAUCCUCGUCUGACACAGGAAGUGUCCCAGAUUAUGAAAAUCUGCCAUAAGUACAGCAUCCCUGUGGUGGCCACCUCAGGGAAGUCGUCACUUGAAGGCCACUUUAUCCCUACGCGAGGAGGUAUCUCCAUUGACAUUUCAUCAAUGAGCAACGUCGUCCAGUUGAACAAGACCGAUUUGGACGUAGUGGUGCAAGGCGGCAUCGGAUGGGAGGAACUCGACGAUUAUUUGGCUCCGUAUAACUUGUUGUUCAGUACGGAUCCAGGACCAGGGGCUACAAUUGCUGGUGCAUUGGCAUGUAAUGCCCUGGGAACCAAUGCGUAUAGAUACGGGGAAACAUUCAAAAAUGUGCUUAAUUUAACGGUGGUGCUUGCUGAUGGAACCAUUGUCAAGACUAAACAGCGACCAAGAAAGUCGAGCGCCGGGUAUAAUUUGACGUCAUUAUUUGUCGGGAGUGAAGGAACACUUGGUAUCAUUACCGAAGCGACAUUACGGUUGAAUGUCAGGCCAACUGAGGAGUCGGUCAUUGUCGUUCCUUUCCACAGUAUUGCUGAUGCUGCUAAUGCUGUCAAUGAUAUCGUGUUGACCGGAGUGCAAAUGAGUGCGAUUGAAUUGCUAGAUGAUAAAAUGAUGAAUGUGGUGAAUCUCUCUGGCGAAACCACGAGAAAGUGGAUCGAGAAGCCAACUUUAUUCCUCAAGAUUGGUGGACCAAACCUUGACGUCUUGCGUGCAACCGUGGACCAAUUAAAGAAGAUCGCGGCUGAACACAACAAUGUCGACUUCCAGUUUGCAUCCGAUGCUGACGAAAGAACAGAGUUGUGGUCAGCUAGAAAAGUAGCAUUAUGGUCUAGUAUCAACCACGGCAUUGAAAUUGAUAAGGACAUGCAAUUAUGGACUACUGAUGCCGCAGUGCCUAUUUCCAAAUUGCCGCAAUUUCUCAUGGAGACGAAAGCCGAUAUCGACGCACAUGGGUUGAAAAACACCUUGGUGGCACAUAUCGGUGAUGGUAACGCCCAUAGUUUUAUCCUAUACACACCAGACGAGAGAAAGAUUGCCGAGACGGUAGUCAGUAAUAUGGUACAAAGAGCAGUUAAUUAUGAAGGUACGUGUACGGGAGAACACGGAAUUGGGUUUGGGAAACGUGAGUUCUUGCUACAAGAAGUGGGACAGAUUCCUGUUGAUGUAAUGAGAAAUAUCAAGCUUGCAUUGGAUCCUAAACGGAUAUUAAAUCCUGACAAGAUAUUCAAAAUUGAUCCCAAUGAACCAGAAGGGCAUUAGUAUUUGUUGUUGUUGUUUUUUUUUGUAGCGCGUAAAUGAAAAUAGAAUUAACAAACACAUCUUCAGUAC